GCGGAGGAGCGACCACCGGAGCCCCGGCCCCCUCACCACCCGCAGGCGGAGGAGCGACCACCGGAGCCCCGGCGGCCCCCUCACCACCCGCAGGCGGAGGACCAGCGGCCCCCCUCACCACCGGAGCCCCGGCGGCCCCCACCACCCGCAGGCGGAGGAGCGCCUCCCCACCACAGGCGGAGCCACCCCCGCGGCCUCCACCACCCGCAGGCGGGCGACCACCGGAGCCCCGGCGGCCCCCCACCACCCGCAGGCGGAGGAGCGACCACCGGAGCCCGGCGGCCUCCCCCACCACCCGCAGGCGGAGGAGCGACCACCCGCAGGCGGAGCCCCGGCGGCCUCCCCACCACCCGCAGGCGGAGGAGCGACCACCGGAGCCCCGGCGGCCCCCACCACCCGCAGGCGGAGGAGCGCUCCGCACCACCGGAGCCCCGCGGCCCCCCCACCACCCGCAGGCGGAGGAGGACCACCGGAGCCCCGGAGCCCGGCGGCCCCCACCACCCGCAGGCGGAGGAGCGACCACCGGAGCCCCCGGGCGGCCGGAGCCCCCCACCACCCGCAGGCGGAGGAGCGACCACCGGGCCCCGGGCGGCCCCCACCACCCGCAGGCGGCGGAGCGACCACCGGAGCCCCGGCGGCCUCCCCACCACCCCGCGGAGGAGGCGGAGCCCCGGGGCCUCCCACCACCCGGAGCGACCACCGGGCCCCGGCGGCCCCCCACCACCCGCAGGCGGCGGAGCGACCACCGGAGCCCCGGCGGCCUCCCCACCACCCGCAGGCGGAGGAGCGACCACCGGAGCCCCGGCGGCCUCCGCACCACCCGCAGGCGGACCACCCCGCAGCGGCCUCCGCACCACCCGCAGGCGGCGGAGCGACCAGAUGCCCCUCCGCUCCACAGCCAAAGCACUUCAUGGUCUCCGAGGAGGCGAAGACCAUGUAAUUGAAACCGUCAAUCUUAAAGAGAAGGACAGGUUGAGGUCGCUUGUUGUGUCUUUUAGGAUCAUGUACACCUGUCUCCGGUGA